UAAAUUAAAUGUUUUAGCGGUCAAUCUCUUCGAACAGCAUUUCAUAAUGUGGAGUUUGGCGCAAAUAUGUCGAUGUUCUCAGCCGCUGCGAUUUGCACCGAGCAAAAUAUUAAAUAACGUAGGAAUACGAUCGAUUAGCAGAGAGCUGACCACUUCAGCUCGCUUUAAUGUAGGCUUAAGGAAUACAAAGACUUUUAGGAUAAGUGAAGUGAUCAAAUCAAAUGGCAUUGUUGCCCGAUUCUGUGCGAGUGGGCCGCAGCAGAAGCCAUCGAAGGCAGUGGGGUACUGGCUGCUGGGCUGCAGCGGAAUGGUGUUUGCUGCGGUUGUGUUAGGUGGUGUGACUCGUCUGACAGAGUCUGGUCUGUCUAUGGUGACGUGGCGGCUGCUGGGGGAGUCAUUGCCCACCACACAGGAGCAGUGGGAGCAGGAGUUUGAAAAAUACAAACAGUUCCCUGAAUAUAAAUACAAGAACCAGAGCAUGACGCUGUCGGAGUUCAAGUGGAUCUGGUGGAUGGAGUUCCUGCACCGCAGCUGGGGGCGCUGCAUCGGCGCGGCGGUGCUGCUGCCGGCCGCCUACUUCUGGCGCAGCGGCGCGCUCGACCUCGCCAUGAAGCGGCGCGUCGCCGUCUACUGCGCGCUCGUCGCCGCGCAGGGUCUGAUGGGCUGGUACAUGGUGAAGUCGGGACUGGAGGACAGGUUCCAGGGCCCCUCGGACGUGCCGCGCGUGUCGCAGUACCGGCUGGCGGCGCACCUCGGCCUCGCCUUCGUGCUGUACUCGGGGCUGCUGGCCGGAGCCCUGCGGGUGCUGCGCCCCUUCCCCGCCGCCGCCACCUUGCGCAACAUGAAGGAGUUAAAGGGUGUAACGACGCUGGCGCACACUGUUAAAGCAAUGGUCUUCCUUACCGCGAUGUCUGGCGCGUUCGUGGCGGGGCUGGACGCGGGGCUGGUGUACAACUCGUUCCCCAAGAUGGGAGAGCGCUGGAUCCCCGAGGACAUCCUGAGGCUGCGGCCCGCGCCGCGCAACCUCACCGAGAACCCCAGCACGGUGCAGUGGCAGCACCGCGUGCUGGCCGGCGCCACGCUGCUGGCCGCCAGCGCGCUGUGGCCGCUGGCGCGCCGCCGCCCGCUGCCCCGCGCCGCCACCGCGCUCGCCGCCGCGGUCGGCGCCGUCGCCUGGAUGCAGGUAGGUCUAGGUAUAACGACGCUGCUGACGUACGUGCCGACGCCGCUCGCCGCCGCGCACCAGGCCGGCUCGCUGGCGCUGCUCUCCCUCGCCGUCUGGCUCACACACGAGGUCAAGCUGCUCAAAUACAUACCGAAGUAGACGGGGAUAAUACUUCGAAUUACGUGUGUAAAGGGUUUUUAAAUGGAGCAGCAUUUUGUGCUAUUUUUUUUUCAAAAAAAUCCUAAAUCGAAAACUACUAUGUUAUUUAUACUAAAUGCGUAUUUUUAUUUGACCCGCGCACUAGUGAUAUGCAAAAUCAUUAAAAUACAUCGCCCAUACAGUGUUUGUCGUUUGAAUUUUUCAUACACAUUGAAAUAACACGGAAUAACAUAAUAGAACGAACAUUUUAUAAGUAUCUGUAAACAACAGCCAGUCAAUUCACCACUGAGUUUUAUUAUUAUUCUGCCAUUUGCCUUACUGCAUAGUUACAGUUGUUAGUUUGUCUCGUAAAAAAUCUGGGUAUUUUUUUCUGUAAUUCUAACACCGCAGACAUCCGCGACUGUACAAAAUGAUACGCAUUUAUACGUUAACUGUUUUAUAGUUUAAAUUGUAGCCGUUACAAUAACUGUCAUCACUCUUUUUGAAAAAACGGUUAUAUAAUUCCUUUUCGGUUGCACAAUGAUGACACAAGCUUUAGUACAGUUAAGACAGUAUUCCUAUAAUUUAAGAACAAGCUAAGUUAAAUAUAAUUUGUUAAGCUAAGUGUUGGAAAUUCGUCUUGUGACCUGUACUGUUUAUAGCGUAUUUAAAUAAAUGAUUUUUGUUAAA